UGCAUGACUUUCAUCUAUUGAACUUUACUAAAUCAGCCUAUCAUACGUCUUUAUAUUUAACUAAUCUUAAAAGCAGAUUCAUAAUCAUUAUAUCAUACAACGACUAGGUGAUACCAUAAGAUGAGAUAUGAACCUGUAAUUGUAUUGUUGGUUGCUGUGCUUGCUAUGCUUGCUAGCUCGGCUGUAUCAGCUGUAGAGGGAACAGCCUGUUACGUUGGCACCUGGGCGUACGGGAGAGCAGGAAAUGGAGCAUUUAAUACAAGCGAGCACUUGAACUUGGAUCUAUGUAGCCACAUUAUUUAUUCAUUCGUUGGCAUUCGAGGCGAUACUGGCGAGGUUGUAAGCCUUGACGAACGUUUAGAUUACGGCGCCGGCACUGAGGAGACUGGUGGAUUGAGGGGCUUCCUUAAUUUUACUGAUUUGAAAAAGAAAAAUCCAAAUCUCAGAACUAGUUUGGCUAUUGGUGGAUGGAAUGAAGGCUCAGAAAAAUACUCUACAGUGUCAAAUGAUCCAGUAAAAAGACGAAAAUUCAUUGAGAGCACGGUAAGUUUGCUGCAAGAAUAUAAUUUUGAUGGAUUUGAUCUUGAUUGGGAAUAUCCAAAUCAAAGAGGUGGAAGUCCUGUUGAUGUAGAGAAUUUCAAUACACUUAUAAGAGAAUUUAGGGAAGAAUUUGACAAGCAUGGUUAUUACUUGAGUGCAGCAGUAGGUGCAUCAAGUAAUACAGCUGAUCUUUCAUAUCAUGUUCCAUCUUUAUCUAAAUAUCUAGAUCGUAUUUUUAUCAUGGCUUACGAUUUACAUGGUGCAUGGGACCCGGUCACUGGAAUCCACGCACCUCUGUACAGAACUAGUGCUUAUGACAAUACGGCUAAUCAGGCUCUAGCUGGUCUGUACGUAGACACCUUUGUUCGCGGCUGGUUGAACAGAGGUGCCGAUCCAGAAAAAAUAGGAUUGGGAAUGCCAACAUAUGGUAAAACCUUUAGACUUAGUGAUCCCAACAACCAUGGAGUUGGUGCUCCUAUAGUACCAGGAACUGGUGGAUCAGCAGGACCAUACACUGGAGAGAGUGGAACGUUGGGAUACAAUGAAUAUUGUGAGUAUAAAGAAAAGAAUGGUUGGACAGAGGUGUGGGAUGGUGAACAAAUAGGUAUAUAUGCUUAUACAACAACAGACUGGAUUGGUCUUGAUAACCAAAAGUCACUCUGUAUCAAAGCCAAGUAUGCUAAAGAUUUGAAACUUGGUACUGCUAUGAUUUGGGCAGCAGAAACUGAUGAUUUUAGGGGUGUCUGUGGACCUACUAGUCACCCACUUCUUUCAGCAAUUAAAGAUGGUCUAAGCUCAAAUCCAACUCUUUGCUAAUCUGGUUGCCUCUCUACCACAUGUAGAAAUAUUUCCUAAGCAAUGUACAGGGUUAUUCUAUGUGUGAAAGGUAUCAGAUUGAGUUGAAGUCACUUGAGUACAAUUUAAGCUAUAUGCAAAUAUACUAUGAUGUUAUUAAUUUUAA